AUGAAGUUUUCAUUCCUCUCCCUCCUUUCAGUCGCGGCCAGUGUAGCUGUUGCCGCUCCUACCGAGGCAGCGAAAGACUGGAAUAUUCCAUUCAAUAAUCGCGCUCUUGGUCCCCUCAAGCCCAACCCCUUCCAGGGCCUGAAAUACCAAGGCGACUGGCAAGUUGGCCGCUAUUCCGUUCAAGCCUCGAACGUCAAGACCACCAACGGAAACAAGCUCUUGUUCUACCCAAUGACCAACAUCACCGACGUCAAUGUCCGGGGUUAUGUCAGUGUGGACGGGGGCAAGGAUAAAUUCAACGGAAAGUCUGUGAAACUCGGCUGCAGCGUCAAGAAAGGAAGCAAAAAACAGACAGUUCCGUGUGAGAUUCAGAUCACCGGAGCUACCCUAGCUCGCCAGAAGUACGUUUCGGUUCAGUAUACCAACACAAACGCGUUGCAGACGGUUGAUCUUGACGAUCUGUAUCUUGUGGAUUCCUUAUUCUUCCGCAUUAAGUCUGCUGGGAAGGAUAAGGAGUUGACGGAGAACAUCACGCUUCUUCUGGAUGACUUCCAGUACGCUAUUGAGGCGCUCUAA